AUGGCCCGACCAAGCGUUGCGGCGCGAAACUUUUCCCAGACAGAGGAGUUGGAGCGGCUAGAGCAAUCCAUCACCCUGACUCUACAAGAAAUUGAUCACAACUUUAGCAAGGCACACAGAAUUGUCACGACGAGUAUUUUGCCAGUGGUCGAACAAUAUGGCGAAAAUUCCAGAGCUAUCUGGGAAGCUUCUAAGUUCUGGAAGCAAUUCUUCGAGGCAUCGGCAAACGUUUCGCUCUCCGGAUAUGAGGAGCUUGCCAACGACGAGUCUACAGUCAUGGAGGAGAGCACGGCGAUGCGCGACGACGGGGACGCAGCGGACCACGCACACGAAAACGAAAACGAUACACCUAGCCGACAACACAGUCACAGAAAUGUUGACCAUGAUGAUGACGAAUCAAUGCUAGAUGACGCAGAGCUAGCAGGAAGCACCCCGCGACCCUCGGCCGCAAAGAUGGGCAAGGCACGCAUGUCGCCCACAGAGUCCCCUUACGAAGCCAUGCGCCGCGAAAUGAAGAACGAAGAAGAUGGUGAGACCACAGUACUUGACGAGGAGGAGGAUUCGUCAAUUCUAUUUGCGCAGCAAACAGCUCGCCUCCCAGACGUGACCUUGACACCCAAGGCACUACUGGAUCAGCGUAACAUGGAUCCGUCUACAGGAGGCAAAGAUCCCUUACUGCACCGCGUGCUGGACAAGAAUUACAGAAUACAAGCGACACCGCACAAAUCGGCCGCCAAGGGCACACCUAUUCGAGGGGUAGCGGCAACGCCAGCCGGCCAGCGACAGGGGUUAGCAUGGCAAGAUUCGCCGGCGUCGUCACCCGAGAUGGCUAUUCCCAAGCUGCGCAGCGAGGCGUUCAUGUCGCCGUACAAAGCCUCGGCUGCUGAUCGUCGCGCGAAUGCCAGCUCGGGCGCCGCGGGGCGUCGACGGCUUACGCCAGUCGCGUCGCAAGGGCCGAGAACACCCGGGGUCAGCGUCCAGACACCCAUGAGCAGAAAGACACGGCAGGCGCUCGCGGAAGGGUCUCUCAAGGGCAAGCAGAAAUAUGAAAUCGACUGGGACAGUGACGAGGACGACGAUGACUUAUACGGAGGCAUCAGCCCCCCAAAGACGAUACAAUUUGCUCUACCACCAUCCAAACUAUUACAAACACCAGCUCGAGAAGCUAGUAGGCGAAUAGUGGACGAUAUUUUGACGGAUGCAGGGGCGAACCCGGCGUCGUCCGAGUACAGUCCGACGAUGGUAAAGAUGAAUGAGGAUAUCCUAAACGAUAGUUUCUAG